CCGUAGCAGAGGCGAGCCGGAAGCAUAACCCAGAUCCAAAAUGGCAGGAGCUGAUGGAGACGAUUCUCUCUACCCCAUUGCCGUGCUCAUUGAUGAGCUUCGGAAUGAAGACGUUCAGCUGCGCCUGAACAGUAUCAAGAAGCUGUCCACCAUUGCUCUGGCCCUUGGAGUGGAGAGGACACGAACUGAGCUUCUCCCCUUCCUCACUGACACCAUCUAUGAUGAGGACGAGGUGCUCCUCGCUCUGGCUGAGCAACUGGGCAACUUCACCAUGCUGGUGGGAGGCCCGGAGUACGUCCACUGUCUCCUGCCCCCCCUGGAGAGCCUGGCCACCGUGGAGGAGACGGUGGUGCGGGACAAGGCCGUGGAGUCCCUGCGCAAGAUCUCCCAGGAGCACUCUCCGGUAGACCUGGAGGUGCACUUCGAGCCCCUGGUGAAGAGGCUGGCCAGCGGGGACUGGUUCACCUCCCGCACCUCCGCCUGCGGCCUGUUCAGCGUCUGCUACCCCCGCGUCUCCAGCACCGUCAAGGCCGAGAUCCGCCAGCAUUUCCGAACCCUCUGCUCAGACGACACUCCCAUGGUGAGGCGUGCGGCCGCCUCCAAGCUGGGCGAGUUCGCCAAAGUCCUGGAGCUGGACUACGUCAAGAGCGACAUCAUUUCCCUCUUCACCGCCCUGGCCUCUGACGAGCAGGACUCCGUGCGGCUGCUGGCGGUGGAGGCGUGCGUGAGCAUCGCCCAGCUGCUCCCCCAGGAGGAUCUGGAGUCCCUGGUGAUGCCCACCCUCCGCCAGGCCGCCGAGGACAAGUCCUGGAGGGUGCGCUACAUGGUGGCCGACAAGUUCUCCGAGCUCCAGAAAGCCGUGGGCCCGGAAAUCACCAAGAAUGACCUGGUGCCGGCCUUCCAGAACCUUCUGAAGGACUGCGAGGCUGAGGUUCGGGCCGCUGCUGCCAACAAGGUCAAAGAGUUCUGUGAGAAUUUGCCGGAGGACAGCAGAGAGAACAUCAUCAUGACCCACAUUCUGCCGUGUGUCAAGGAGCUGGUGUCUGACACUAACCAGCACGUGAAGUCGGCCCUGGCCUCGGUCAUCAUGGGGCUGUCCACCAUCCUGGGGAAGGACAACACCGUGGAGCACCUGCUGCCGCUCUUCCUGGCCCAGCUCAAGGACGAGUGCCCCGAGGUGCGGCUGAACAUCAUCUCGAACCUGGACUGCGUCAACGAGGUCAUCGGCAUCCGCCAGCUGUCGCAGUCGCUGCUGCCCGCCAUCGUGGAGCUGGCCGAGGACGCCAAGUGGAGGGUGCGGCUGGCCAUCAUCGAGUACAUGCCCCUGCUGGCAGGGCAGCUGGGCGUGGAAUUCUUCGACGAGAAGCUCAACUCCCUGUGCAUGGCCUGGCUGGUGGACCACGUGUACGCCAUCCGAGAGGCUGCCACCUGCAACCUGAUGAAGCUGGUGGAGAAGUUUGGCGCGGACUGGGCCCAGAACACCAUCGUCCCCAAAGUGCUGGGCAUGUCCAACGACCCCAACUACCUGCACAGAAUGACCACUCUGUUCUGCAUCAACUCUCUGUCGGAGGCCUGUGGGCAGGACAUCACCACUAAGCAGAUGCUCCCCGUGGUGCUGAAGAUGUCCAGUGACCCCGUGGCCAACGUUCGCUUUAACGUGGCCAAGUCCCUGCAGAAAAUCGGCCCGGUCCUGGACAGCAGUGCCCUGCAGACUGAGGUCAAGCCCGUCUUGGAGAAGCUGGCCACGGAUCAGGACAUGGACGUCAAGUACUUCGCCCAGGAGGCCAUAAGCGUUCUAGCCCUGGCCUAACGGGUGUGGUUCUGUGUCCCGUUGAGCGUAGAAGACGUCGCACUCCUUAUUUAUUGAUGUCCGUGAACACUGGCUACGUAUGGAAGUUAUUCUGUUAAUGACCCCGCGGCCUGUGCCCUCAGUGCGUGUGAAUGUCCCGGGGGAGAGCGGAGCUCCUCCUCUGUUUGCCGCUCUUGCUGUUCCUUUCUGCACUCUACGCUCAGACGAGCCCAGAUCAGCCGGGUCUGAGCGGCGCGUUUAGGCCGUCCCACCGUCGGUCCCCGAGCGAAUCAGGGUUCUCUCCUCGUCCUGGAGCCGCCUUGGCCUGUUUCUGUACGCCGUUCUCCUCGCCUCACUCAUUUCAACUGUAAUCUCUGAAGUCGGCACGUCUGCUGUUCUACGACAGUCCCAAUAUCUGGGGACGUCACCACGGUAAACGUUGUGAACUGUCAGUCUGCCUGUAAACUAAAAACGCUAUCUGUACGUGGCCUGUCCAAAGGGGAACUUCUCUUUCUUUUGUAGAGCUAUAUAUGGCCGUAAAUACAAAGCUUUUCUCUUCUGUGCUUUUUUCUGAUAUUCUGCUGGCGCUGUAUCUUUCUGUUUUCGUUUUCACGUUGUGACGGUUCCAUCGGUCCGUGUCGCGUACACGCCUGGAGUUUUAAACGCGGGACCAUCACGGUUUGUCGUCUUUUGUUUCUGGGAUAAUUUCCUGUGAGUUUGUUCCAGAUACCACUGUUAGGAUUUUAGGAAUUAGAUUUUUUUUUUGUCAGCUAGAUUGGUUUUCUCCUCUUGUAUGACUACAGUAGUUUUUGGCACUGGGAGCCUAAUUUUUGUCCAAGUAUUCAUGGUAGUGGGUUCUUGUAAGAUGAUUGUGCCUGUCACUGCUUUGUAAAGCUAUAGGUGAAAUGUUAACCUCCCCUCAUUUUUAGUUUGUUACUUUUGUUGAUGGUUAAAUUGUAAAUGAUUAGUGUUAAGCUUUCUUUGUUGGAACUGACGGGCAUCAUUUGGCCCCUGUGUAAGGCGUUUGCAUGAGCUAACUUGUAAAUGGCAAACUAGCAUUCUCUCCAGCCAAGGAGAGGUUGGAAUGGGGCGUGUUACUGGGCGACCCUUUGAGGCCCUGUGAUGUUUCUCAGGCCUAGAAUUACUGGGGGGAUUUAAUGUAUAUUUGACAGACUGAGCUUGCUUCCCUUGUGAACAAACUCCCUUCACUUCCCCUGUGCUUCUGGUCCACACUUGAUCCUCAUCGUCCUGUGUCAGUAAGAAUGUGCUUUGGUUUUAUAUGAAAUUAACCCCUUCUAAGACGGAGCGCACCAUUCUAUCUGCUGGGGUUACAAUUAAAUAAAAGUAUUGAAACAAAAGUCA